CGUGCGUCCUGUGGGCUCGCCCGCCCCUGCUGCCAUGUUGGAUUGUGCGGCCGCCGCCGCCGCCGCCGCCGCCGCCGCCGCUGCCGCCGCCGCCGCUUCAGCUCCAGCCCAAGCGGGGUCGCAGGAGGAGCUGGGACAUUAGCGCCGUCGCGGGGCUGGCGAGACGACGACCUUGCGAAGGCCGGAGCUCAGGCGGCCGCGAGCGCGCUGCCCGCAGCGGGGUGGGGGGACCCCGCGGCCGGCUCCUCCUUCCCCUGGCCUCCUCUUCCCGGCGCCGGAGGAGCGGCGAGAUGCGGCGCCUGUGAUUCCCUUCCUCCCGCCCCUGUCACGGAGAAGGGGGGAGACGGACGCUCGCCCACUCGCCCGAGCCCGCCGCCGCCGCCGGCCGCACCAUGAGCUCCAGCCAGCCGCCGCCGCAGCAGCAGCCGCCGCCGCCGCGGAGGGUCACCAAUGUGGGCUCCCUGCUGCUCACCCCGCAGGAGAACGAGUCCCUCUUCACCUUCCUGGGCAAGAAAUGCGUGACUAUGUCUUCAGCAGUGGUGCAGUUGUAUGCAGCAGAUCGAAACUGUAUGUGGUCAAAGAAGUGCAGUGGCGUUGCUUGUCUUGUUAAGGACAAUCCACAAAGAUCUUAUUUUUUAAGAAUAUUUGAUAUCAAGGAUGGGAGACAAUUAUGGGAACAAGAACUAUACAAUAACUUUGUAUAUAAUAGUCCUAGAGGAUAUUUUCAUACGUUUGCUGGAGAUACUUGUCAAGUUGCUCUUAAUUUUGCCAAUGAAGAAGAAGCAAAAAAAUUCCGAAAAGCAGUUACAGAUUUGUUGGGUCGACGACAAAGGAAAUCUGAGAAAAGACGAGAUCCCCCAAAUGGUCCUAAUCUACCCAUGGCAACGGUUGACAUAAAAAAUCCAGAAAUCACCACAAAUAGAUUUUAUGGUUCACAAGUCAAUAAUAUCUCUCAUACCAAAGAAAAGAAAAAAGGAAAAGCUAAAAAGAAGAGGUUGACUAAGGCAGAUAUUGGAACACCAAGCAAUUUCCAGCACAUUGGACAUGUUGGUUGGGAUCCAAACACUGGCUUUGAUUUGAAUAAUUUGGAUCCGGAAUUGAAGAAUCUUUUUGAUAUGUGUGGAAUAUCAGAGGCACAACUUAAAGACAGGGAAACCUCAAAAGCUAUAUAUGACUUCAUUGAAAAAACGGGAGGUGUUGAAGCUGUUAAAAAUGAACUACGGAGACAAGCACCGCCUCCUCCGCCACCAUCGAGGGGAGGGCCACCUCCCCCUCCUCCUCCUCCACAUAGCUCAGGCCCUCCGCCUCCUCCUGCCAGGGGAAGAGGUGCUCCUCCCCCCCCACCUUCAAGAGCUCCCACAGCUGCACCUCCACCUCCGCCGCCAUCUCGGCCUGGUGUAGGAAUACCUCCUCCUCCUCCAAACCGGAUGUACCCACCUCCGCCUCCAGCCCUGCCCUCCUCAGCACCUUCGGGGCCUCCACCACCACCUCCACCUCUGUCGAUGGCCGGGUCAGUGGCACCACCCCCACCGCCUCCACCUCCACCUCCUCCGGGACCACCACCACCUCCUGGCCUUCCUACUGACGGUGACCAUCACAUUCCAACUCCUGCAGGAAACAAAGCGGCACUUUUAGAUCAAAUUAGAGAGGGUGCUCAGCUCAAAAAAGUGGAACAGAACAGUCGGCCAGUGUCCUGCUCUGGAAGGGAUGCACUUUUAGACCAGAUACGACAGGGUAUUCAGCUGAAAUCUGUAUCUGAUGGCCAAGAGUCUACACCACCGACACCAGCACCCACUUCGGGCAUUGUAGGUGCAUUAAUGGAAGUGAUGCAGAAAAGGAGCAAAGCCAUUCAUUCUUCAGAUGAAGAUGAGGAUGAAGAUGAUGAAGAAGAUUUUGAGGAUGAUGAUGAAUGGGAAGACUGAUCUUUAUAUUAUAUAUAUAUAUAUAUUUUUAAGGUGAAAUACUAAACACUACUUUCUGUCUAUGGAUUCUGUAAUUAUCAUGUAAAUGUUCUACCAAUUUGCUGUAUAUUUUUUUUGCCUUUUUUUGCUUUUUUUUAUUAAUCUGUGCAAUACCUCAUUUAAUCUGUAAAGGUUUGUCAUAAUCCUCUACAAAGCUACUCCCUGUUACUGUGUGCAAGUUUACACCCGAAUGCUCACUUAAUUUGUGAAUAUUUUUCAUUCCAUCAACAAGGGAGUUUAAAUAUUUUAUGUGAGUCUGACAAAAACCUUAAUGUAAUUUAGUUUUAAUGCCAGAAGGAAAACACUAUUUUCAUAUCCUACUUUUCUGUACCUAAAUUUUCUUAUUAAAAUCUAGUAUAGGGCUACGUUCUUUUUUAAGUGAUGCAAACCUUAGUUUACUUAGCCCCUUUCAUUUUGAACACAACGCUAAAUGAAUGUUGAAGCUGAUACAUUGCACAGUUCUCUAGACAUCACUACACUGGUGCAGUUUCUCAAAUUUUAACAAUAUGCGCUCCAUAAAAUUUCACUACAGCAAAACUAAUCUGGAAAACCAGUAACACAUCUCUUACAGCAAAAUUGCCUCUUAGUGUACAGCAGUGUUAUUUGGAGGCUGGAACUAUAAGGAGCCCUUUAAGUAUUCCUAUUUGUCUCAAUUACUCUUAUGGUAUAACAAGUGUGGCAGAUGCUUUUUGGCAAAAUUUGAAAAAUUUCAUUUGGUGUAAUGAAACAGCAAAGUUGUUUAAGUUAUUGGGCUUUGGGAGCAUUUAUAGAGCCAGAUUUACGUAAAUGAACUAAAGGAGAGUAUACGUUAUUAUUACUUCAAUAUUUAGUUAAAUUCUAAUUAAAUUUAAAAUUAAUAUAAGAGCUUAAUAACAUGCAAUUUUUUGUUUGUAUGAAUUGAAGUAUUCAGAAGUACAAUUGAAAAUCAAUCUAGUUGGCUUGAUAAGCCUAUUUUGUUUUACUCUUUAAGUUUUAAUAAUUUCUCAAGGUUUUGGUCACUGUAGAUGAAAAGUUAAAUUUUUUUCUUCUUAAAAGAUUGGUGAUCCCGUGUCAAAUUUUUUAAAUUCAUAACUGAAUCAUAGAUUUAAAAAAAUAAUGAAACCUUACAGUCUGCACAUCUGUUAUAUAUACUAAAUGACACGUUAAAGUUGGGUUUCCUUGCCUCCCUACAAUGCACUAAUCUGCUUAAAGGUGGUUGUUCAUAUUUAUAGUGCUAAUUAUUAAACCUACCUACUUUAAAUUUGGAGUAGAAAAAAAUUAUCUGAUUUAAAACUUUUCUCACAUUGAGUCAUACACAGAAUGUAGUUAGAAGUGUAUUUCAUUACUGUAGUCACCAUAUUCAACUAAAAAUUAAGCUCUCUAGAAUUGUACCGACCAAAAUCUAGUAUUGGCAUGGUCUUGACAGGCUGGACCUGCAAGAUGUGGCUUGAAUUUUAACCAGUUAUCAUAUAAUCUGUAGUGAUCAUGCAUCUAGUUAUCAUAAGAAAUAAUUUAAAAGAAUUUUUUUGCUGAAAGCAGUAACUGGUGCAGUAAGAUGGUUAAGUUAUUCAAAGUUAUUACCUCCCUUGGGAGCAUAAUUUAAAUACAUGGGAAAGAUUUUAGACUUUGUUUCUUGUUAAAGCAGUGCCUUCUGCCGCUGGGAACUUUCUCUGCUUCGUAUCGUUUGUGUUGAGCAUUGAGCUCAGGGAGUUGGGUGUGGAUGAGGCUGGACAACUGUUAACCAGUAAAAUUAGAAAUUUGAGCAGUUUGCUGAAAUAGAACAUUGUCAUUUUAUGUAACACUAAACACUUUCCAUUUUCUUCUUGAUACUCUAAAAAGUAUUCUUUCAUAAAAAUGUCUUUGAGGUAAGGCCAUUUUUAAGGUUUAUGAACUGUUACCCAAGGAAUUCAGGGUUUUUCUGCUCACUUUGGUACGAUAUAACAGGAAAUGAUCUAAGAAUGAAUAUCACUUCUUUCCGUUGGAAAUAAAAAUUUAAACAUGUAAGAUGAUUAUAAAAUUUGCCAAAGGUAAUUGAGUUUAUUUUCUUAAAUAAGUCUUUCUUAACCAAAAAAAAAAAAAAAACACCUUUUUCUUGUUGCUGCACCAAGUCUAAUUACUAUUGGUUGAAACAGCAGCUGUGGAGUUCUGUCCAGGCAUGAAGACAAAAUCCACUUUAAAUGUAAAGGCUGCAUGUUCUGGUCUCCCACCACCUUGCUCCGCGGGCAGCACUGUACUUGUGCAUUGUCGGAAAGCCUCCCAUGUAUACUACAGCUAAAUGAUUGUCUGGUAGCCUUCGCUUUUAACAAACUAGCAUGAGGCCUUUUAUAUCUAAAUGCUCUGUGAUAGACAAUUUUCAGCUAGCCAUAUAUUGUAUGUAUGAGAUCCAUAAAGACUUUCAAUCAUUCGUUUUCAUUUAUCAACUGAAAUUUUGUUUAGUAUGUGAAAAAAAAUUUUUGAAAUGUAUAGUGAAUAGGAUAUUGCACUGGUGGCAAUUCAUCAUGAGCAUAAUAAAAUUAAUUUGACCCAAAUAGUUUAAAAAAAA